AUGGCAUCUUCUUCUAGAAAUAAUUUUGAUGAUAUGCUAGAUGAUUCUAUUGAUCAACUUUGCAAUCAAAUUAGCAAUCAGAUUAACGAUCAAAUAACCAAUCAAGUCUAUCAAAAUCUUACAAUUCCUCCUGGUGCUCGUCAAAAAGCUCCAAUUUCAAAGAAAAAGAGAGCAUUCAUUGAAAGACGACGUGAAGAAGGACACACUCUAUUGUGGAACGAUUAUUUUAGUGAAAAUGCAACAUACCCUCCGCUACUUUUUCGCCGUCGAUUUAGAAUGAACAAGCCGUUGUUCAUGCGUAUUACUGAUCGACUCUCCAAUGAAAUUCCAUAUUUUCAACAAAGAAGAGAUGCUACCGGAAGAUUCGGUCUCUCUGCACUACAAAAGUGUACAGCAGCAAUUCGUAUGAUGGCAUAUGGUUUUGCAGCUGAUGCACUUGAUGAAUACCUCCGGCUUUCUGAAACCACUGCAAUUCAAUGCUUGGAAAAUUUUGUUGAAGGAGUCAUAAAUUUAUUUGGAGAUGAGUAUCUAAGGAGACCCACCCAGAGGAUCUUCAACGUUUACUCGAUAUUGGAGAGCUACGAGGAUUUUCCGGGAUGA